AUGAAGCUAGUAGCUGCGAUACGAGCCUCGGCUCUUACGUUUCUGGGCGUUGGGACGGUGCUAAGGAUAACAAAUCGGACCAGCUUGAUGGCGCUAGGAGGUAGCGAUGUGAUGAAAGUGUCGUUAGCACCCGCAGAAGAGACCAACGUGCAAGGAGGAGAAGGAAAUCAUAGUCAAGCCGAGAGGUUACUAGACAAUGAAGAAGGAAACAAAACAGUCUCUCCUGUACCAACAGCAGGCAGAUGGAAGUGCUGUGUGAAACCCGAAGGUAUGGAGGCAGAAAAGAAACAUCCUACAUACGUCUGGGAAAUGCCCAAACCAGCCAGUCUUUCCGAGCACAAUUCAGCAGCUCGAUUCCUCUUUGAACAUGACGAAGUGGGUGGAUGUUGCAAUUACAAUCGAACACAUGUUCUUGACCUUCGAUCACUACAGUCCAAUUUCACAAGACAAAUACUGGAAGGCCCAGACUAUAUCAUCCUCCAUGUUGGCGUUUGGUGGGGGACCACAGCCAUAGGAUAUGUCAUUGAUGAUGUGGGGCACAAAUGGAGCAUCCGGGGAACACCCCAUGAAACUGAAUGGAAAAUUGACAAUACUACUGAUACUGAUGAGAAGCCUGAUGUUUCCUUUGCAGCACUCAUGAAGAAGGCCAUUCUUAUGAUCAUGAAGCUUAAGAAACCACACACCAAAAUAGUUUGGAGAACUGAAGGGGACUGA